ACAUAUAAUGGCUGCAGGGAAGAGCUUCUGCUGUCAAGCAUCUUUGUUAAUACUACUAUUCUUUGUCUUUCUUGGAUUAGUCUCUUUUCCAGUUGAAGCUGCCAUAAAGAAAUACCAAUUUGAUAUUCAAGUGAAGAAUGUGAGUAGGCUGUGCCAUGCAAAACCCAUUGUAACAGUAAAUGGGAGGUACCCAGGGCCAACUAUUUAUGCUAGAGAAGGAGACAGAGUACUAGUCAAUGUCACCAACCAUGCACAAUAUAAUUUGUCAAUUCACUGGCAUGGACUUAAACAAUAUCGUAAUGGUUGGGCUGAUGGACCAGCUUAUAUUACACAAUGUCCAAUUCAAACAGGUGGCAGCUACACAUAUGACUUUAAUAUCACAGGCCAAAGAGGAACACUGUGGUGGCAUGCUCAUAUUCUGUGGUUGAGGGCUACUGUGUAUGGUGCAAUUGUUAUCAUGCCCAAAGUUGGAACACCAUUUCCUUUUCCACAGCCAGCAAGAGAAUUUGAAGUUAUUCUAGGAGAAUGGUGGAACAAGGAUGUGGAAGAGAUUGAGAAGCAAGGGAACCAAAUGGGGUUACCACCAAACAUGUCAGAUGCACAUACAAUCAAUGGCAAACCAGGACCUCUAUUUCCUUGUUCUGAGAAACAUACGUAUGCAAUUGAGGUUGAGAAAGGCAAAACUUACCUGCUGAGAAUCAUCAAUGCUGCCCUCAAUGACGAACUCUUUUUCGCCAUUGCCGGGCAUAACUUCACAGUAGUUGAGGUUGAUGCAGUUUACACAAAACCAUUCUCCACAAAUUCCAUACUAAUUGGACCAGGACAAACCACAAACGUUUUGGUCCAUGCCAACAAUGUUCCAAGCAGGUAUUUCAUGGCCACAAGGACCUUCAUGGAUGCUCCAAUCCCAGUUGACAACAAAACUGCCACAGCUAUACUCCAAUACAAAGGAAUUCCAAACGCUGUGAUCCCUUCUCUUCCUCAUCAACUUCCUGCUAGCAAUGACUCAGCUUUUGCUCUGAGUUACAACAAGAAACUCAAGAGCCUUAACACUGUACAGUACCCUGCUAAUGUUCCUCUCAAAGUUGACAGAAAACUCUUCUUCACCAUUGGUUUAGACAAGAAUCCUUGCCCAACAUGUGUCAAUGGAACGAGGCUACUUGCUUCAUUGAACAAUAUCUCAUUUGUGAUGCCACAAACCGCACUUCUUCAAGCACACUACUUCGAUAUCAAGGGAGUUUUCAAGACUGAUUUCCCUGACCAGCCUUUGAGACCUUUCAACUACACGGGUGCUCCGUUAACAGCCAAUCUUGGAACUUCAACAGGGACAAGAAUCAGCAAGGUUGCUUUCAACUCCACGGUGGAGAUAGUGGUUCAAGAUACCAACCUCCUGACAGUAGAGUCACACCCGUUCCACCUUCAUGGUUAUAACUUCUUUGUUGUUGGAACUGGUGUUGGUAACUUUGAUCCAUCUAAAGACCCUGCAAACUACAAUUUGGUUGACCCCAUUGAAAGGAACACCGUUGGAGUUCCCACCGGUGGUUGGGUAGCUAUUCGUUUCAGGGCUGAUAAUCCAGGUGUUUGGUUCUUUCAUUGUCAUUUGGAGUUGCACACUGGUUGGGGCUUGAAAACCGCAUUUGUUGUAGAAGAUGGACCAGGAGAGGAUCAGACUGUUCUUCCUCCACCAAAGGACAUUCCAGCAUGCUAAUAAUAAUAAUGAUCAUAAGCCAGAUUGUGAUUAAGGGAGCUUAAUUGACAGCUAUAAAAGGUUGUUGUCAGCAGGCUCAAAUUGUAAUGUUUGUGUUUGUGUGUAAUACUUGCUGCAAAAGUUGCAGUUUUGAUUUUUAAGCAAAGGGAUUAAAUUUGAGAAAUAU